ACCCCUGCUCUAGCCACAACCCCGUCUUCUCCCUUUUUGAAUGAACACUACCCUUCUUUUCCCCCACAACAUGCUGUCCCUGUAACUACAGCUCCCUCACAGUUUAUUGCCGCUGCCUCUUCAUUAGUCAAUGAAUCGAAACCCAUUAUGGAUACCUAUGACGGCGCCCCUAUUCGGAUUACUGUAACCUGUGAUGCUACUUCUCAAGAAAGAGAUAUUCCUAGGCAUUCUGUUCGUUCCUCCCAUGCCCAUCAAUCAAAUAUCUCUUCUCAUCGGCUCCGUUCUGGCAGUCUUCAUCUGCGUUUACGUGGCCAAGAAGAUUUUAACGCUAUUGAUAAGCGAGCAGACUCUUCAUCUCCAGCUUCUGAUUCUACGGAAUCUACAUUAAAGUCUCAUUCUUCUUCUCUUGCAAUUAAUGCUAUUAUUUCUCCACCAAGCUCUCGUCCUUUAAAUGAAAAACUUUCAUCAUCAAUCUCCACAUCCAUUGCUGACUCCCGCUCCGACUGCCUCGCUGAUGAAGUCAAAGCAGGACUCACUACUGGUCUAAUGCCUUCAUUGAGUCCUGCAAUUGAGCGCAAAAUAUAUCCCUUGCGCUCUCGUCUUCGUCGUGAGUCUUUACGUCGUGAGUUGCAGGCAGCCCAGACCGCUCCAAAACGUUUUGACCAAAUGCCCACUGAAGUGCUCCUACGCAUUGUUCACUAUCUAAGCAUUCAAGAUCUUUUCAGGAUACAACGUGUAAAUAAGCGUUUCAAAUCGAUCAUUGAACGUUAUCUUCUUCUUGUUAAACGGAUCAACUUCAGCAAUGGCCUUCCUUUCGCCUUCCUACCCGAUGCACUGGACGAUGCUGCUAUGAAGCGCAUUCUUUCGCGCACCCCUGAAGUAACUCACAUCCUCGGCUUCUACCCACGACAUAUUUGCGGAUCUUACCCGGUCGAUUCGCGCUAUUUGGGUGGUCGGCCUGGCUGUUCUGGCCCGCUAUCAUAUGUGGGAAUUAUUGAAGCGUUUCGCAGCUGCACCAAAUUGCGCUCUGUCGAGCUCAUGGAUGUCGAACUUAUGAGCAAACUUGUGCAUUACUUACCUAGAGUCAAAUUCCAUGGCAUGUUUCGCAAUCGACCUGAUUCGUGGGAUUCCGAGUAUGCUGUCCCUAUGCCUUCAGAAGGUGGUGGUCCGUGUUGCAUUGACCCAACUUUUUCCGAGAGCCCACUUCCAACUCCUGACGGAAGCACCAGUGGGGGGUCCCUGCUAGCGACCGCUGCAGCACCUGGCCAAUUACCUAGCUCCCAGAAUAGGCUCGCGCCGACAUCACUCUUUGGCUGCUAUGUAAGCACUCUAUUCAGCACUGUCAGUGCAGCAACUGCGGCCACGUCGACUCGGCCUACAGCAAUGGCCGGUACUGAAUCUUCAUCUUGGAGCCCUCAGGCGACGGGACACUCGUUUGGCCUAGCCGGACAUGCCUUCAACAGUUCUAUUUCCUUCCCUCCGUUCUCAACGUCCUCUUCU